AUGUGUCAGUUCAAGGUUCAUGUUUCAUCAUCAUCCCCAUAUUCAUCUUCCAGUACUAAUGUCAUUUAUCAUGUAACUAAUGUCGGUGAUAAUCUUACACUUGGUUCUUGUUCUCGUCCAACACACAAACGGAAAGGGCCACAACAAGCAUUAUUGGAUUUAUCUUUGUAUCCCUAUGAAACUAAUGUUUGUCUCCACCUAUCUCUAGUCUUUUGUAACUGCAUACAAAUUGCUCAACGAGAAACUAAUGUUGGAACAAGUUCUGAUUCAUCAACCAGCUGUGAUGAUCCAUGGAAGAUCAAGAAGGUGCUCACAGCAAGUGAUCUUGGCAAUAAUAGCAGGCUUUUGUUGAAGAAAGAAUUGGCUAAGAGAUGGGUGGUUCCUUUUGUGGACAAAGCUGAAGCUGAAAAAGAUGGAGUGAAAGUUCCGGUGUUUGAUGUUGACACUCAAACUCUUCGUUCUCUUGUGUUCAAGAUAUGGUCUUCAAACGGAAGUCACGUUUUCAUCGAUACGUGGAUCAAGGAUUUUGUAGGUAAAAGGAACUUAAAGGCUGGAGAUGAGAUUGGUCUUAAAUGGGAUCAUGACAAGAACAAAUUUGAUUUUUCUGUUCUUCGUAGGGCUUGA